CCAUCGCAUGCCGAGUGAGUGAGUGCCCAUCCUCACCGAACAUCGCCGCCUCGCCCCAACUCAACCCAGCUUGAAUCCGAGCAUCAUCGCCGCGCUGAUUGCAUCAUCCCCUCCCUGCCACUGCUCAAUUGUUGGGUUCCUGAUAUUGUCGACCCGUUGGUAUUCGUGUGUAGGAAUUGCUGCCAUGGCGCAGAGCGGGCUGUGGGCUGUGGGGAUGCAGAGCGUGGGAGCUGUCAACAGACCCGGGUGGCUGCAGAUUGAAUGUGGGCGAGUGAGAUUGAACCCAGCCGCCACAAGCUUGCGACAAGUGAGAUGCGGCGUGGAGGACGAGGGGAAGAUGAAGAAGGCUCCCGUGCGGUUGCCCGGAGGUCGUCAGGUCCCAGCUUAUGGUGGAUCGUUACCGAACUCGCCUCCUGGACUCGGCCAAUUCAAGCCUCCGCACUUGUUUGGAAUGCCGCCACCUGAGGAUGUCUCCGAAGAGCAAGUAGCUAGAAUUGAGGAAAUUCUGGAGCAAAUCAGAGGAUGUUCUGGAACAUGGCAAGAGAGGGCAGCCGGUAUAGUGGAGCUACAGAAAUCGGGCAUGGGGUCGGAGGAGAUCUAUGAUAAAGCAUAUGUGCCGGCUUCGACUCAAACAGUUAUAGUGGUGGCUGCACAAGUGUAUCAAUCAUUGGCGCAGGUGGGAUGUUCUUCGGAUGUGCUGAGCUGGUAUGACGACUCGAAAGUAGAUGUUUUGUACUCCCUACGCACACUUUCUGCACAGCAACGGAAGUUAGCUGCAGAGUAUGUGAAGGAUAACGAUCUGGAUGUGUUGGGCUCUGCUGAGCUCGCAAAAGCUAUCAAGGAUCAUGAACGAAGGCCUGAAGGACGCCAGGGCUUCACACCUGUGCCUGGAGACUGUCUCGCAUUCAGCUUGCACAGAGCUGCCGGAGAGAGUACAAACCCCGAAGAAAAAGCCGUAUUCAUCGAUCGUGGUGUGUCUGUAGCUGUAACAGAUUCUGCCAAGCAGAGGUUCGCAGAAUUCUCGUGAGAAAAUUGGCUAACAUGACUUUCUUUAAGUGGGUUUCUAAAUCGAAUAGGCUAAACGAGUGUAUAGUGCGGGACAAGAGAGAGCCUUCCUGAUCUGCCGCAAUGUUGGCACUGUGCUCAAGGCUUGAAUGGCUUAAAUUAUUUUUAAAAUUUUGUGAUUCAUAUUCCUUCUUCUUU